CGGCAGAUGGUUCAACAUCGACAUCCGGAAGACCCGAUAGAUGCCGUACCGUACGUACCGGUACCGUCGAAGGUACGAGCACGAGUUCGUUCUCAUACUCAUACGUACCGGUACGAGUACGAGUACCUGUUGCGAGGUGAUGCGAUGCCCAAACGGGAACUUCCCGAAGCGACGUCGAGUGGAAUUGUUGAAUGAAAUAAAAGCUGCUCGAAUCCAAACUCCCAAAACAUUCCCAUCCGAAACGAGCUGGUGCAUGUCAGUGCUGCACAGUAGCAGGUACUGUACCCUACACAGAGUAUCCUCGUGUCAGCCUUGACAACACACUCUCUCACGACAGAAACGUAACACUUGACAUUCCCAAUACUAUGGUGCAAACGAUCUACAGCAAUGCCAAGGUCUCCCGGAAAUGUCCUCACCGACGAGACCCAAGAAAUACCAAUGCUGCAAUGGAACCGAACAACAAAAUUGGUAGCAGACGGAUAUCGAAACGGAGGAGAUCGGCAAUGGCGAGGAGGGCAUUCUCCUUGAGCGAGUACGCAAAUGGAAUAGGGACAGCGGUUGCAAACCUAUCGGUUGCGUUUUUUCUCGUGAUUCUGUUGCUGGCAGCUCCCUCUUUCGUCCGUGCCACCACUCUUCCCUUUGGACGAAUAACAAAAAACGCACCGCAGCAGGCGAGCCAAUCGCCGCUGUCUUCCCUCAAGCAACCCGCCUUUCACAUGCGUGCCGGGAGCACCGCCGCUGCCGCUGGAUUCGUCACCCCGACGCUGGAGCUGAUGCCCCUCUCAUAUUACCUGAGGAUCGCCCUGGCGGGUGGACUCGCCGGGGCCACCGGGAGUGCCGUUUUGUAUCCAAUCGAUUCGGCCAAGACCCUGCGGCAAUCGAAUCCGACUGCCUACAGCUCGGUGAGGGAUGCCCUCUGGACCAUGCUCAAAUCCAAAAACGCGCUCCGGCGUGUCUACCGGGGGAUUCUCCCGGCGGCCCUCGGAGCGAUUCCCUCGUCGGCCCUCUAUUUUGGGGCCUACGAAUCCUCCAAGGUCACCCUGAAGCGAUUGGUCUUUCAAAAGAACCACAAAAACGUUGACAGCGACGACUACCGAGCACGCCUCUUCGUCCACGGCCUUGCGGCGGCCAGUGGUAACGUGAUUUCCUCCUUUGUUUUUGUCCCCAAGGAAGUUAUCAAGCAGCAGCUCCAGAUACGAGCGUCGGAAGCAACCACGGGGACGGUUCAGGCCAUUGGCAGCAUCGUGCGGCAAAACGGUAUCUCCGGCCUGUAUGCGGGAUACGGAGCCACCCUUCUGCGCAACAUUCCCUCGGCCACGAUUCGUUUUGUCUUGUACGAGGAACUGAAACGAAAGUGGGCCACGGCCCCUUCCGGAGAGAGCGGAAGCAGCCCCCAAACCCAAAAAUUGCGGGCCGCCGGCACCUUUCUGGCCGGCGCCGUCGCCGGAGCGACUUCCAGUUUCGCCAUGACGCCAAUCGACGUGGUCAAAACGCGAAUGGCAACCGGGAGUUGUCCCCUCGGCGUUCGAUCCUGCAUGCUCCACGUCGUCGGGGAGGUGGGCUGGAAGGGCCUGUACGCCGGUGCCGGAUCGCGGGUCUUGUGGAGCGGGGCCUUUUCGGCCAUUGGCUUUGGGACCUUUGAAUUGGUCAAGGGGUAUCUGGGGGUAUCCUCGACCUCUUCCAAACUGUCGCCUUCUACAUCCACGAAGCCGACACCAUUCACGACGGCAAAAACGUCAUCCUCGCUCUAGAAGGCAAUGGACCAUCUGCUCACCUCGAGAUGCAUUCUUUUGGUUGUUGCUUGCCUACCACCGGCACGCAUUCUCUUGCUUGUCUUCCAUUGCAAAAGCGGAAUGGGAUCCCGAUGAAACCGCUUUCGACGAUUGAAUGUUUGGCGACAACCGGCUACCAAUCCACACCACGCCGAGCCAUAGCCCAAACAAAACUGCAAUUGGCGU